CUCUUUUUUUUUUUUCCGGGAAAGAUAGAGAGAAGAUGGAUGACGUGAUUCUAGAAACCGCUGAAGAAUGGUUUUCGGUUGAAGAAAUUGAUAUUGAUUAUGAAUUUGAUGCGCCUAAGUACUAUGAUUUCUCUCGGCCGGAAACAGACUUGCAGGCGGGAGAAGCCGAGCUCUGGUUCGAAUCAGCAGGGAGUUGCAUUCCUUCGCCUUUAGUCGUGAGAUUGAAUUUGGAAUGCAAUUCUCAUGUGGAAUACAUAGGCAUCUCUCCCCAAUCCAAAGCAAGUUAUAACAUGAAUUCCAUAACUAAUAGCUCCGAUUUCACACUGGAUUCCCAAGUUUGGGCGCUAGAUCAUAACGGAGGAUCAAAAUUUGCAAAUCCAGUGGCUGACGAAAUUUUGAGGUCUAAAAUGAAGUCUUCAGUCAAGUCAUCUGCAAUGAAGGGUUCAACUUUGAUGAGACCAACGGCUAGUCUGCUGGCAAAGUUAAAUCAACCUCUAAAUGUUUAUUCCAGCCACGUUUUGAGAAGGUGCCAGAGAUCAUUAGGCCAAUUCGAUGGCUGGAGUUCACAGAAUUCUUCUUUGAUGCAGAUCCUUGCUACCAAAAGACAAAAACUGGAGGCUGGUUACUCACGCAAGGUUGGUUAUCUUCAUGUUAAUUCAACAAAUCACAGACCAAAAGCUACAAUUCCUAAGGAACCAGAGUUGGAAACAGCUAAUCGUGCCCAAAUUAGGCACAGGACCAAGGUUAAUUUAGAAUCAGCUAAGCAUGCAAAACCAAAUGGAUAUAAAUCCCAUGCUUCGAGCAUAAAGCUUCUUGGGGCUUCUUCAUUAUCCAUUCCUAGGAAGAGUAUACCACGGCAAACAGAGUUUCAAGUCUUCCACUUAAGGACAUCAGAGAGGGCCACACAACGUGCCUCUAAUAAUUCAACAUUCUUGCGGUUGCAAGCAGGGAGUGCACCAGGUAGCAGUUCUAUUUCACAGAUAGAAAUCCAAAGCUCCAGGAAGCUCGCAUCUCCAGAUGCCUCAAUAGAGGAGAAAUGCAAAGAAACUCACAAAUUUGAAACCAGCCAAAUUCUCAAUUUUAAAGCUUCCUCUCCUAACAAGAAGGUGCCGCCAGGAAUGGAGUUUCCGGCAGAAAAGAAUUUUCAAGAUGAGCCACCUACAGAGUUGUUUAGCAAGCUCUCAUUGACAGCUGAAACCCAUUCUUACGUAAAAUCUCAGUCACAGGUGCAUCUCCCUUCUGAGGGAAAAAAAGAGAAUGCCCAAGAUUUCUCCUGUCUAGAGAUCAUAAGUAAGAUCAAAGGAAAAUCAGAAAAGUUUCAUGGAAACCAGUAUCCUUGUGGGAAUGACAGAAGGGCAGCGGAGAUUAGACCACUACUCAGCAUUAACAGGAGCUUGGACAUAUGCCAAGUGCCAGAUGGACAACGCAUUAUAUCGAAUGGGUCAAUGAUUUUUGUUUAAUUUCUUUGAUUCUUACCCAGACCAGUGAUACCCGAACCACUGCCCAAGCAAAUUUUUUGUGUUAAAUUCAUGAAAAAAAAGUACUCAUAAAUGGUAAAUAUCUGUUUGUAUAGUCAUUUCCAAAAAAAAAAACAGUAAUUACAGUGUAUUUAUUCAAAUAUUUUGAGAAGUGUUUUUUUCUCAAUUUCAUCUCUAAUGCGCAGUCGAAUUGAGGACUUGAAGCA